AUGGCCCGUCGUCUCUAUCUCGGAAAGCUCCCCCCUGACACGCGUACUGACGAGGUGACGAAGUACUUUGAUGGCUUCGGUCCACUCGUUGAUGUUCGUGUCAUGACUGGAUUUGGUUUUGUUGAGUUUGAAAGCAGCAGAGACGCAGAAGACGCUUUGCGUGACAUCAGGGGAAAACCUUUCCUUGGUUCUAAUAUCGUCGUUGAGUUCGCAAAAGAAAAUAGGGGUCGUAGGAACGACUACGAGGACCGCAGUUUUGCGCCCCGUCGGCGCCCUGCGGGCAUUAGGAUCUCCGUCGAUAAUAUCUCCAAGGACACAAGCUGGCAGGACCUGAAAGACUUCGGUCGCGAGGCAGGUAGUGUCUCAUUUGCAGAUAUUGAUCGUGAAGUUCCAGGUCGCGGGAUCUUGGAAUAUGCUUCUCGUGAUGAUGCGGAGCAAGCUGUCAAAGAACUAGAUGGCAAAGAGCUGCGUGGUCAGCCAGUGCACGUCACCAUGGACGAAGAUCGCGGUGGUCCUGAUAAUUUCCGUCGUGAUGACGGAUACCGCGGUGAUCGCUACAGGGAUAGAGGCGACCGCUAUGAUCGGAACGAUCGCUUCAGCGCCAGGCCACCACGUCGUGGACGUUCCGGUUCACCGCCUCCGCGCCGUGACGAAGGGGCCCGUUCCCCGCCACCACGUAGGGACUACGAUGACCGAAAGAACGGUCGGGAUGAGCCGUACGAGAGGCGUAGGGAUGACAGAAGGCGUGAUGACCGUGAGAGCCGGUUUGAAGACCGGCCGAGCAGGUCCAAUGGUGAUGGAUGGUCUCGUUAA